AUGGUCAGCGUGCGUUGUCAUGGCAAGCAGUCGCUCAAGGCCUACUAUGGGUUUUCCCUCUUGUCGAUCACCGUGGCCCAUAAGAAGAUUGUUUGCUUUCAGCUACUUUCACGACUACGACCGGCAAAGAAGAAGCAGCCAGCUGCCCCUCGCCCACAAGUUCGACAGCAGAUUCCUGAUUUGGAGGAAUUCUUGAUCAAAAAGGAUUACGCGGCAGCGAUCUCGCUACUAGAGUUCAAGCAGAAAAAUGGUGAGAAAAAUGAGACGACAGAUCUAUGGUUGGGACAUUGCUUCUUCAGAUCUGGUGACUACAAAAAGGCGUUGGACGUAUACGAAGACAUGAAAACUCAAGGCAUCAACAAUCCUGAUCUUCCUGUUUAUUUGGGAAUAUGCUUCUUCUACCUGGGCAUGCAUGAAGACGCGAAGCUCUCUGCCGAAAAAGGUGACAUUUACUUAUCAGUUUUCAGGGCAAUGCUUUCCAGCGAAACGAUCUCACCCAGAAAUAGACUGCUGUUCCAUGAUAUCGAUAAGCUCUGUGUGAAGGAAAACGAUCUGAUGCAGCGAUCACAACUUCUUGGUAAUACAAUGGAGGAUCAGCUCUCCCUUGCGUCCAUUCAUUAUAUGCGAAUGCAUUACAUGGAAGCUAUCGAAAUUUACAAAACUAUUCUGCAAGAGCAUACGUGA